AUGUCGAAGCUGUCGCCGGGAUUAAAGGCGUUGAUUAACGCGCCGUUUGCGAGGCCUGGGCCGUGUAAAGUCGUCAAGGGGGCGGCGGUUGUGGGAGAUUUGUUUCGGGGCAUUGCGAAGGAGGCGAAGGGGAGGGGCGUUGGGGCGAGGGCGUGGCUGGCGAUAUCUGCCGCGGCAUCAUUCACUCUCAACUCACCCGAUGCGCUCUCCAUCCUCCACGGCAUCGCCGCAGCCGAGCGAGGAGGGUCUCCCACAGCCCAGGUGCGCACUGCCGAGUUCAUCCGCGAAGUCGGGCUCAAAUGCAUCUCCUUCAACGGCAUCCCACGCACCAUCAACUGUCUCAACGCCUUUCACGCAUCGCUGCCUCGUGAUGUAACCUCUGCACUGACGACGGAAGCCUCGAGGACACUGAAGGCAGACAAUGUCGAGGCCGUCAAGACGAGGGGCAGGGGCUUGUGGGACUCGAUUUACGCGCCGUUUGAGGAUAAGCUGGUUGAUAAGCUGGGGACAUCGCAUCCGGAUCUGCCUGUGGUGAUUCUGAAUUGUCAUUAUGGGCCACUUUUGAGCGAUCCUAAUGGAAGAAGGGGCGUGGGGAGGGUAAUGACGAGUCUUGUGGCGGUGGCGGCCUUGAGGGCGCAGACGGGAGUCGGGCCGCAGGUGCUUUCGCACGUGUUUGGGUUGAGAAAGGCGAUCGACGAUGGAUCGUUUCGGGAUGAUUUGGUAGUGGAGGAUGGGGGAGAGGAGGAGAGUGAGAGUGAGGAGGGUGUUAGGUGGUUGGCUGGGGAUGAAGGAGGGGAGUGGAUGCUGAAGACGGUAGACAGGAUCGUAGAGGGAUUGGGAGGAAGCAAUUUUGCAGCCAAGUUGUGA